ACCAGUAUGCGACGGGCCAAAUGCACUUGUGUAGCUGAAGGUUGCAAAUGAAACAUUUUGUAGCGGCAGGGAUAAAUGUUUACGUCUUUGUAAGUAACACGAUUGGAUUUUAUCACAACAAAUACGCCGUGUCGCAAACGUAUUUCAGAGAACACGUUUUGACAUGGUAAGUAGUUUUAGCAGGCUAAUACUAUCGCGUGGUUUGGGGGCCUGUAUAAUCACCGAGUUGUGUUCAUUGUUUUGGUCAGUGACGUCAAACUAAGCUGUGAAGCCUGAAUCUUGCCCUCGCUAUUGACAGUUUUGCUAAGCGUGUCAACACGACAUCGGCGCAAUAUAAGAACCGCUUCCUCAAAUUUAGCUAUGGCUUCCAGGCGGCCAAGUUAUACGAGCAGCUUGGCUUCUCCUUCGUCAAAUAGUGGCAACCGCAAGCUGAGUGUCAACAACGUUACUGACAGGUCUGAAGUAGAAUCCUGCUACGAUCGCAAACCGGAAAAGGUUGUAUUCGGCAGUCUUAGUGUAACAUCACUGAAAUCUCGCCUUGCACCCACCAUUCAAACAGCCAUGUCGGCUGCGGUUGAUACUCUCCUGUGCGAAGUGGUGCUUGUGCUGAACGAGACUCAUCACGAGUUGCUCCACAAGGAACAGGAGAACGAGAGGCUCAAGGUGCGUCUGGAAGUAUCGGAAAGAGAACUGAAGACGAUGCAGGAUUGUCUGUGCAGUGCUCAGAAGCUUAUCGACCAGCUUCAGAUCUCAUAUACUGGAUCUCAUACCAUUGGUCAGUCUGUGUUUGCUCCAUCAUUGCCCUCAAUACCGCCAAGUGUGGACCGGGAUCAUCAGAACCCUCGAAACUUGAACGGAGCUGGUGUCGACUUGGGCCUCGGCUCUUCCGUGGACGACUCGAUUCAUGGCUUUGAAUCGAGAGAUGACUACAAGAUGUGCCAGCUGUCUAUACAACCUGAUGGUUCUGUGACCAACCAUGCGCUGGAGUCUUUUGCGACAGACACGUCUCAAAUGCGAACAGAAAGGCCAUCGCAGAAUGAAGCUGCCGUCUUUGAGAUAAAAGUGGAGCAGGGACAAGCAUCAAGCUCCAGUCAAAACAACAGCAAGGACACAGUCGAUGGAGAACAAUCAUCCCAAACCAUGGGCGACAUCGGUUACGUUCAAGUUGGAGAAGGGGGAAAUUCCCAGCGUACCUUCAUGCAGAGGCCAGUUCGAGAAUGUGCCGGCGCCCUGCAGCAACGAAUGAUGGAUGGACAAAAGUCACAGGUAAGGACUUCAGAGCCCGGAAGAGGUCAAAGAGUUUCACAAGCUAGAGCAGAAGACUCAGCGGGACCUUCCUGUGGCGACCUGCCUGUUGAGCCUUCGGGGGAUCGUCCUCACCAUUGCUUGGAGUGCGGGAAAACAUUCCGUCUGAUUUCCAGCUUGAAGAAACACAUACGCAUCCACACGGGGGAGAAACCGUACCCUUGCAGCGUCUGCGGCCGCCGCUUCCGCGAGUCAGGCGCCCUCAAGACUCACUUGCGAAUACACACCGGGGAGAAGCCGUAUUCGUGCUCCGAGUGCGGGAACUGCUUUCGGCACUUAGACGGCUUACGCAAACACCGGCGCACGCACACCGGAGAGAAACCGUACGUCUGCGCCAUAUGCGGGAAGCGUCUGAGUCGCCUGCAGCACCUCAAGCACCACCAGCUCAUACACACGGGCGAGAGGCCGUGCUGCUGCCCCUUUUGCAACCGCACCUUCAAGGAGCCCGCCGCGCUACGGAAGCACGUCCGGACACACCGUCAGGAGGGCGGCCACGUGGCCGUCGGCACCACGGAUGAAGCCGAACCAGAGGCUAUGGACGGCAUGAACAACCUUCAUCCGUCGGCUCCGUCCCCUCAGAUGAGGUUUGGAGAAUGGGGGGCAGAAGAGGAGGACAACUCAGUUGUUGACUGUGUGUAAGGACCUAAACCCUAGUAGGACACUCGCAUGCAAAUGUGGAAAACCAAGUUUUGCUCCCUAAAAUUUUCACAACAGCAAUUACCGUAUUGGCCCGAAUGUAAGUUUUGGAUUGAAAUAAGACUGAAAAGGAGGGGGUCGUCUUAUAUUCGCAGUCUAGACAUUGUACCCAUUCAUGACGCUAGAUGGCGCCAGAUAUCAUUGAAGCGAUGUUCUGUCAUGAGAGAUCUCAGCUACUCUCAAGUUUAACCAGUUUGCAUUAUUUUAUUGCAAUGUUUUUCCUUAUUCAGAUGUUUCAAAAAUACAGUUAGAGUUAGACUUCAAUUUGAUGGUUAAUGCAGUUAUUGCAAUUUUGUUGUUUUAUCACAAUAGAUUGGUUUAUUUACAUUUCAAAAACCAGAAGCCAUUCAUUUACGAAUGUGAUUGCACUUUAGUUUACAUAUUUAAAUGUUCAGAUAUUAAGAUUUGAAUGAGGCAAAAUGACAUGCUUUUUCUCUCAAGUAUAUUGUUAUAAUUUGUUUCGGAUGUACUGUAAUUCUGUAUAAAAUAUAAUUUGGUGUUCAACAAGUCUUUUAUCAAACUUGAGUCUUGAAAAAGAGGGGGUCGUCUUUUAAUCAGGGCCGUCUUAUAUUCGGGCCAAUGCGGUAUAUCAUUAAGGCUGGGUUCAGACUGCAGGCAUAUCUGAUUCCAAUUUCUCCUCAAAUCUGAUUUUUAGGUCUGACUGUUUACACAAGUUUUAGCAAGUGUCCACAUCAGGUCUGGGCCUGUUCAGACUCGGCUACAUUAUUAAUACACCUGGCAGGUUGCUGUGGAAACGAAGGCGUCAUGUAUUAUAGAGUGACGUCACGGACAGUCGAUUCUCAUAGCGGUUCAGACUGUGAAGCUUCUUGUCCAUAUCGAAUAUGAAACUACCUCCCGUAUGAUUUCUGUGCUUUGGGACUGUUUAGACUAGGGGAUGUCCCGAACACAAUUUUUUUGCACCCGAGUCACCUGAUUUUGAGAAUCUGCCGAUAUAGAGUUCCAAUCAGAUACCGAAAAAAAGGGUUUUGUUUGUUUUUAUUUGGACAAAAGUUCCAAACAUAUUAAAUUACUGUAGUUUUUACAGUACUUCCUCUUCCGCUCUUUUCAGGAGUGUUGCAUAGUAUAAGACGUAUAUACAGUAGUAUGAAAAAGUAUCUGAACCUUUUGGAAUUUCUCACAUUUCUGCAUAAAAUCACCGUCAAAUGUGAUCUGAUCUUUGUCAAAAUCAAACAGAUGAAAAAAGUGUCCUUUAACUAAAACCACCCAACCACAUUCAUAGGUUUUCAUAUUUUAAUGAGGAUAGUAUGCAAACAAUGACAGGAGGAGGAAAAAUAAGUAAACCAACACAUUUAAUAUUUUGUGCCCCCCCCCCGCCCCCCCCCAAUCCCUUUGGCUGCAAUAAAUUCAACCAGACGCUUCCUGUAGCUGCAUAUCAUUCUGUCACAACGAUCAGGACUAAUCUUAGCCCAUUCCCCUCUACAAAACUGCAGUAGUUCAGUCAGAUUCCUGGGAUGUCUGGCAUGAAUCGUUGUCUUUAGGUCAUGCCACAAAAUCUCAAUGGGGUUCAAGUCUGGACUUUGAUUUGGCCACUCCAGAACAUGGAUUUUGUUCUUCUGAAACCAUUCUGAAGUUGAUUUACUUCUGUAUUUUGGAUCAUUGUCUUGUUAAAGCAUCCAUCCUCUUUUUAGCUUCAAUUGUCUGAAAGACAGCCUCAGGUUUUCCUGCAAAACAUCCUGAUAAACUUUUGAAUUCAUUCUUCCAUGAAAGAUUGCAAAUUGUCCAGGCCCUGAGGAAGCAAAACAGCCCCGAAUCAUGAUCCUCACUCCUGCUUCACGGUGGGGAAGAGGUGUUGAUGUUGGUGAGCAGUUCCAUUUUUCUUCCACACAUGCCGUUGUGUGUUACUCCCAAACAAUUCAACUUUGUUUUUAUUAGUCCACAAAAUAAUUUGCCAGAACUUCUUUGGAGUGUCCAAGUGCCUUUUUGCCACUAUUAAUGCCAAUGUACUUGGAUGCCAUUGAUGGGCGUGGACUUCCAAAAUUUUUCCCAUUCAUUUUCAAUGGCAAAAAAAAUAAUGUCCCCAAAUCAACAGGAAAUAACUAGAUAUGAAUAGGACACGCCCCCAAAUGACCUGAUAUGAUCAGGCCACGCCCCCCAAAUAUUCCAAAAUGACCUUACAUGAUCAGGCCACGCCCCCUAAAUGUUCCCAAAUGACCUGAUAUAACCAGGCCACGCCCCCUGCAUGUCCUCAAAUGACCUGAUAUAACCAGGCAACGCCCCCUAAAUGUCCCCAAAUGACCUGAUAUGACCAGGCCACGCCCCCCCCAAACGUGCCCAAAUCAACAGGAAGUGACCUGAUAUUUGUCCCCGAAUGUCCCCAAACCAACCUGGGUGGGGCUAAGAUCUGUAUGUUCACACGGCAAAGACCAGAAGUAAUUUCUUCAGAAAUUACAGUUUCUAGUUAAAAUAUGAAAACCUAUAAAUAUUUGGGUGGUUUUAGUUAAAGCAGACACGGCUUUUUUCAUCUGUGUGAGUUUGACGAAGAUCAGAUCACAUUUGAGUGUGAUCUUAUGCAGAAAUGUGAGAAAUUCCAAAAGGUUCAGGUACCUUUUCAUAGUUCAUACCACUGUCAUUUUGUAUCUUUUGGCAAGGCCAUUGUAUCACUGGAUUAUUUAAAAUCCAAAAAUUAGGCCUGAAUGAUAUUGGAAAAAAUUAACAUUGCGAUAUCUAUUACCAAGGCUCCACACUUACUUUUUGAUGCACCUCACUUUUUUUCUUGAGGUGCACCAGCACAAAAUGUAGGCACACCCACAUUUUUCAUUGCAUCACCUGUAACACCAUACCUUUACAUACCCUUCAUAACAUUCAUAAUCAUAUGAGUGAAUCCAUUCAAAUUCACUCACGCUGUCGAGAACAACCUCGAGACAACGAAGAUUGACUAAACGAUGAUUAACACAUUUGUGCCUUUGAUUGUAGCACUACAGAGCCUUCUCUCGCAAAUCAAAGCUACUUACCUGUCAAUCAUCGUUAACUUUUAGUAGCAAACUCCAGCUGCACUGCUGACCAAGAAAAGCAGCAGGAGAGAGUGAGAGGUUGUACGACUAUGAAGCAGAAAACCCUAAAUAUAUAUAUUUUUUUAGAUUAAAAACACGAUCCUUUUCAGCCGAUCUCGAUUCUCUGAAAAAUGGCGCGAUCGGCACGAUUUCCGAUCACGGGACAUCCGUAGUUCAGACUACAAGGAGCCAGUUUAAUUCUAGAUGGGUUAAAAAUUGGAUUUUGGCUGCCAGUCUGAACAAGGCCAAAGACAACGGCCAAUCAAAGCCUGAAGUAAGCUCUUUAAGUAAACAAGUGAUGUCCCUCAAAACUGGAUACUUGGAGUUGCAACAAUCAUUCGCGGGACAAAACGAAAAAUGCAAAUCAAGUGUUUCAUCAUCUACAAUACAUGAAAAGGACACUGUCAAAUUGGAACAGACUGCUUACGUGAACAUUUGCUUUUAUUAAGGCAUUUACCUGUUUUAAAAGAUUUGGAGUCGGAACUUUAUAAUCUGCAUGUAUUUCAUCCAGGGCCACUUAUUUGGUGGACACAACAAAUCAGUUGGUCUGCUUCCCAACAACUUGACCAAGUAUUAGGAUUUUGACAAACAUUUUUCAAAUUGUGCCUUGUUUGAUGCAAUUCCUACCUGAGUGACUCUGGUCCUUCACCAACAUUAUAAAAUUAGAUUAGAUGUUUAAAAUUAGUUCUUAUGAAGAGACAAUUGUCCAUUGUUGUAAAUCCUACAAUUUAGGAAACGUAUAUUAUGUGAUUUGUUAAAUACAUAGUUAUUGUAAAGCUAACAGGGUAAUUGAAUCAUUGUAACUGCUAUUGGCCUCAGCCCAAAGAUUAGACACACAAAACUAGGGGUGUAACGGUACUCAAAAAUCUCGGUUCGGUACUUACCUCGGUUUUGAGGUCACGGUUCGGUUCAUUUUCUGUACAGUAAGAAAACAAAAUGCAAAAUAUAAAUGUGCUAGUUGUUUAUUACACACUUUUGUGCUUUCAACAAUAGGAACAUUAUCCUAUACAAAGCUAGAAUUCUGCUUAAAAAUAGAAAAUACAAUAUUCUGAAAUGUACAUAUUUUGAAAAACAAAUAUAAAUAACAUUAGCUCAGACUUUUUCUUUAAAAAAUAUCUGAUGUGCAAAAUUGAACAGUUGCAACACUGAACAGAUUCAAGUUUUUCAUAUUAACUUUUAUCUCGAAAAGUAAGGGUUACAUUUAGGGCUGUCAAACGAUUAAAAUUUUUAAUCGAGUUAAUUACAGCUUAAAAAUUAAUUGUAAUUGCAAUUCAAACCAUCUAUAAAAUAUGCCAUAUUUUUCUGUAAAUUAUUGUUGGAAUGAAAAGAUACAAGACGGAUAUAUACAUUCAACAUACUGUACAAGUACUGUAUUUGUUUAUUAUAACAAUAAAUCAACAAGAUUGCGUUAACAUUAUUAAUAUUCUCUUAAAGCGAUCCAACUUGUAGUUCUUAAAAGAUAAAUGUUAGUACAAGUUAUAGAAAUUUUAUAUUAAACCCCUCUUAAUGUUUUCGUUUUAUUAAAAUUUGUAAAAUUUUCAAUCAAAAAAGAAACUAGUAGCUCGCCAUUGUUGAUGUCAUUACACCAUUCUCACUCCCCAAACCCAUAAAAUCAUUUGGACCCAAGCGCCAGCAGAGGGCGCCAAACAACAAAAAACAAGUAACAAGCGGACAUUACCCUGCUGUCAUUUUAAUCUGAGCGGGGCAUGUGCGUUAAUUGCGUCAAAUAUUAAACGUGAUUAAUUUAAAAAAUUAAUUAACGCGAUAAUUUUGACAGCCCUAGUUACAUUACGUCAGAAACUUGUUCGGUACGCCUCCGUUCCGAACCGAGCACCCCGUACCUAAAUGGUUCAAUACAAAUACAUGUACUGUUACACCCCUACACAAAAGAGUAACAUGACCUAUACUAACGCAAGUACAAUUUCUAAUCAUGUAUUGGAGAAAAAACAGAAUGGCCAGCAAAUGUAUUUUCCAAUGCUGCACUUUAAAUUAUGUAAAUAUUGUUGUAAUGUUUCCUUGUUUUCCUCUCUAAUGAGGAUUUGUUGUAUGUUUAGAAAACCUUUUACCUUUGUUACAUAUUUAAAAAUUCUAGCUCAUGGUGUAAAUUAUAUAUACAGUAUCCCCCCUCCCCCAAGUUGGUUUUAACUGCAGACUUCAAAGUAAUACAGUAGAGGUACUGUACAUGUCUUAUGUGCUAUUCUAUAACAAGCACCUGCUUUCUAAACUAUAUAUUCAUGGAAGAUGUUCCAAAUGCAACAUGUUUCUUGUUGUAGACUCAAUGUGUUUUUCCAAGCUAGCCUUGCCUUGAUAAUGCUGUCGUUUUUAUCAUAUGAAGGCCCAUGCAUGUAACUUCAAGCUAAAAACACAGUUCUGUGUUAAAAAUGUAAUGUACUCAACAUUGUGUUUUAUCUACUGUUAAUGUUACUGUACUAAAGUAACUUGUUUAUAUUUAAACUUUAUUGGACAAAGAGUUAUUCGAGUUUUUUGUUGUUGUUGCGUCAGUUUUGUAGCUUGUGGAAAGCUAGAUACUGUAGCUUUCAAUUUUUUCGGACCAGUUUAAUCAAACUGCAACUGCAGCUAUCGAUUAUUUAGGUACGUAAUUGAUUAAUCUGUCAAUUAGUUAGUUCAAGUAAUCGGAUUAGGAAGAUUCAUUGAGUUGCAGAAUAAAUUUUAGUUGUAAAACAAGGGCUUGCUAAGACUGCACUUUCAGAAGAGUAUUAAAUGCGAGUACAAAAUAAAACUUCUGAGUGUUUCACAAGAGCACUAAAUGCAUUUAAAAAAUAAAAUAACCCAACUUAGCUUCAAACGGUAUGGGAAAAAAAAAAUGACGCUCGAAGUACAACAAAAGAACUUGCAUAGCAAAAGUGCGCUAGCUUAAAUGCAAUAAAAUGCUAACGAUGCACAAUGCUCUUUUAAAUCGUUUAAACUAGGGUUGUUCCAAUCAUGUUUUUUUGCUCCCGAUCCGAUCGUUUUAGUUUGAGUAUCUGCCGAUCCGGAUAUUUCCCGAUCCGAUUGCUUUUUUUUUUUUUGCUCCCGAUUCAAUUCCAAUCAUUCCCGAUAAUUUUUCCCGAUCAUAUAUAUUUUGGCAAUGCAUUAAGAAAAAAAUGAAUAAAACUCGGACGAAUAUAUUCAUUCAACAUACAGUAUAUAAGUACUGUAUUUGUUUAUUAUGACAAUAAAUCCUCAAGAUGGCAUUUACAUUAUUAACAUUCUUUCUGUGAGAGGGAUCCACGGAUAGAAAGACUUGUAAUUCUUAAAGGAUAAAUGUGACUUUGUAUAUUGUGACUAAAUAUUGCCAUCUAGUGUAUUUGUUGAGCUUUCAGUAAAUGAUACUGUACCCAUUUAACUGUUCUGUCCAAAUGCAUGAUGGGAAGUGCAACCAUGACUGUACGUAGUGGCACCAAUUGAUAUAUCUUCUCUGCGUUGGGAAUUAACUUAGGGUGUUAAGAAAAAGAUCCAACCUCUACCUUUCUUCCCCAUAUUUGCUUCCCACGAUCUCAUUUUACGCUGCCUUUUAGCUUUAUAUAUAGGUAAAACGGCACCAUUAUAGAUUGAACGCGACAAUGCGUGAGUGGGUCGUGCAGCGCAUGCGUUAAUUGCGUCAAAUGUUUUAACGUGAUUAAUCUUUUAAAAAUUAAUUACCGUUGUUAACGGCAUAAAUUUGAUAGUCCUACAUUAAGCCAAAAUUAAAGACUCUGGAUGAGUGUAAGACAUUUUGUCUGUAACGUUAAAUACAAUUAGAAAACAAUUUAAUUAAAAAAAAAAAAAAAUCCCAAAAAAGGCAUGUCCGAUAUUUUUGGGCCGAUUCGGAUACUUUGAAAAUGACGUGACGGCAUCUUUAGUUUAAACACAUUUUUCCACACAAAAAAAACCUGCUAAAUAUACCUGUAAACUAAAUUACAAAUACAUUAAAAAGAAAACAUUAGCUCUAACAAAGGUUUAUGUUGGUCUUGACAGGGAGCAGCUGGAUUCAACCAUGUUAAAUGAGUUAUGUCAUAUUCACUGUUGCCACUAGAGCGCAGUGUAUCCACCCAAAUCAAUAAAACUAAAACCAUUAAGUCUAAUUAAACGAAUCCUCAAAGCAGCAAAAUUUGAUUCUAAUCUUUUUUCUCAUCUAAUUACUCAAGUUAAUCGAUUAAUCGUUGUUGCACUAAACUACAAGCUGUUUGCCGUCUUCUACAAUUGAUAGUUUAUUGCCCUACAUGCCCUUAAUGCAAAAUCACCGUCGAUCAGAAGCCGUGACAUCAACUGAGAAUUCUGCUAUUGUGAAUGUGUGUCACUGGCUUCUCUCCUGAAACGCAACUUUGCUUUUCUGUUCCUUUUCCAAGCAGUCAAAACGCAAACAAGACAUUAUAGUCCAAUCUCGUGUGAGACUAGCACGCGCCUCUAGUUGCAUGAUGACAUUGCGUCACGACUGUACUGCCGCCAGACAGAUGGUGGCGGUCUCUGGACACACCCCCACACUGAUCCCAAAUAACACUUGAGUAAUGACAGCUGUGGUCUCACACGCGCAAAUUGCUGAUGGGGCCUUUGGCGUGAUUGAAAGCUUAACACAAAAGACGUGCUACAGUUUCUGUGUUAUAAUUCAAUAUGAGGUCUGGCAUAUCUAAACCCAGCUCCUUUAUGUGGCGUAAAAUAAUACUGUACCAUCGACAUCAUAACGUUUAUGAAGUCUAUGACUGCACUUAAUGUAGCUAAUUGCCAACUACUGAUGUUCGCUUAUUUGUAGGGGUGCACGAUAUCCCUUUAUGGAAACCUAUACCGAUAUCUAUAGCUUCCUGCUACUCAAGGCCGAUACCGAUACGAUAACCGAUAAUAUAUAUUUAAUUUUUCAAUGUAUAUUCACCUGAGUUUUUGAACACCCGUAGGUCAAAAAUACUAGCUGUUGAUUCAGAAUAGAUUUGCCUUUGACCGGACCAGAAUUUUCAUGAUAACACGAACAUUAUUAUAAUGAACAAAGCAAAGACAAGAACACUUUUGACUAGGGUUGUUCCGAUCAUGUUUUUUUGCUCCCAAUCCGAUCCCGAUCGUUUUAGUUUGAGUAUCUGCCGAUCCCGAUAUUUCCCAAUCCGAUUGCUUUUUUUUUUUUUGCUCCCGAUUCAAUUCCAAUCAAUCCCGACAAUUUUUCCCGAUCAUAUGCAUUUUGGCAAUGCAUUAAGAAAAAAAUGAAUAAAACUCGGACGAAUAUAUACAUUCAACAUACAGUACAUAAAGUACUGUACUUGUUUAUUAUGACAAUAAAUCCUCAAGAUGGCAUUUACAUUAUUAACAUUCUUUCUGUGAGAGGGAUCCACGGAUAGAAAGACUUGUAAUUCUUAAAGGACAAAUGUGACUUUGUAUAUUGUGACUAAAUAUUGCCAUCAAGUGUAUUUGUUGAGCUUUAAGUAAAUGAUACUGUAGCCAUGCCCAAAUGUAUGAUGGGAAGUGCAACCAUGACUGUGCGUCGUGGUACCAAUUGAUAUAUCUUCUCUGCGUUGGGAAUAACAUAGGGUGUUAAGAAAAAGAUCAACUACUUCCUUUCUUUGCCACAUUGAUUCUCACGAUUAUUCUAAUCGUUGGGAGAGGGAUUGUAAAGCUUUAGCCAUUUAAAAAAGGCUCCAAAGGCUGCCAAAAUUCACUCUACUCAUCUGCCUUAUAGCUCUAUAUACUGUGUGGGUAAAACAGCGCCAUGAUAGACUAAACGCGACAAUGCGUGAGUGGGUCAUGCAACGCACGCGUUAAUUGCGUUAAAUAUUGUAACGUGAUAAAUGUAAAAAAUAUUCAUUCUCGUCGUUAACACGAUAAAUUUGAUAACCCUACCUUAAGCUUAAAGACUCUGGAAGAGUGUAACACAUUAUGUCUGUAACGUUAAAUACAAUUAGAAAACAAUUUAAUUAAAAAAAUAUAUACAGUA